AUGAGACUGUUUCUUUUACUCACUUUCAAUGCUCUCAUGCUUCUUGAAACAUAUGAGUUUACACAUGAAACUGAUAGGCAAGCAUUGGUCGAGUUUAAGUCUCGAGUUUCUGAUGAAAAAAGAGUCAUCCUCUCCUUAUCAUGGAAUAACUCAUUCCCUCUCUGCAAAUGGAGUGGGGUUACAUGUAGCAACAAACACAUGAGAGUUACUAGUUUGGACCUGGGGGAGGGGGGGGGGUUAUAAUUGGGCGUGGUGAUAUCACCUAAUCUUUCGUUUCUCAGAUCACUCAAUCACACUAAUAAUUCUUUAGGUGGUACCAUUGUUCAAGAGGUGGGAUACUUGUUUAGACUUGAAUACAUAUAUAUGAGCUUUAGUUCUCUUUGAGGGAAGAUUCUCGCCAGUCUUUAUAACUGCUCCAGAUUGUUGAAACUUGGUUUAUAUUCAAAUCAUCUUGAAGGAGGUGUUCCUUCAGAACUAGGAUCAUUAACGAAGCUUGGUAAAAACAACUUGAAAAGGAAGCUACCUGCAUCUCUAGGAAACUUGACAUCACUCAGAUUUCUUGGUUUAUGAAAUAACAAUAUAAAAGGAGGAGUUCCGGAUAGUAUGGCUAGAUUGAAUCAAAUGGUGUAUCUUGAACUAUCAAUGAACAAUUUCUCAGGUGUUUUUACUCUUGCAAUCUAUAUGUCCUCACUUGAGUUUUUGAACAUAUUUGGUAAUGGUUUCUUCGGAAGCCUCAAGCCUGAUUUGGAUCUACAACCACAUAUUCGGGAGUUAUAUUUGGGAAGAAUUUAUCUCACAGGAGUCAUUCCAACAACACUUCCCAAUAUUUUACCUCUACAAAAAUUGGGAAUCGAAUAUAACAGUUUCAUAGGAAGUAUUUCUCCUAGCUUUGGGAAAUUAUGGAAUUUGCAAUACCUAGCUCUUCAUGGUAAUUCUUUGGGAAGUUACUCUUUCGGAGAUCUUGAAUUUAUUGGUGCCUUGACUAAUUGCACUCAACUACAUACCUUAAGUGUGGGUGAGAAUAUCAACACAACACUUUGAAAUAGGCUUGCGGGUGACUUACCUACCUUCAUUGUCAAUCUGUCCAGAAUCCUCAUCUAUUUAAACCUUAAAAGGAAUAAGAUCUCUAGAAACAUUCUUCAUGACAUUGGGAACCUCAUAAACCUAUAAACAUUUAAUUUAGAAGAAAAUUUGUUGAUAGGACAACUCCCAGUCUCUCUUGGGAAGUUUUUAAGGUUAGGGGUUUUAAUUUUGCAUUCAAACAGAUUGUUAGGAGAGAUACCAUCUCUUAUGGACAAUAUCACUCGGUUAGAAAGACUUUAUUUGUACAACAAUAGUUUUGAAGGAACCAUUCCUCCAAGUCUUGGUAGAUGUAGCCAUUUGCUAUAUUUUUAUGUUAGGUAUAAGAAGUUGAAUGGGACUAUAACUCGGAAAAUUAUGCAAAUUUCACCCAUUCUUACCCUUAGCAUACCACAUAAUUCCUUGACUGGCUCCCUACCAAAAGAUGUUGGACGACUAUAACAUUUUGUUACACUAUCUGUUAGGGAUAACAAAUUAUCAGGACAGCUUCCACAAACCUUGGGAAAAUGUCUUCCGAUGAGAAAUCUUUAUCUACAAGGAAACUUUUUUUAUGGAGAUAUCCUAGAUAUAAAAGGUUUGUUGGGUGUUAAAAGAGUUGAUUUUUUGGAGAAUAAUCUUUCUGGAAGUAUACCUGAAUAUUUUGUAUACUUUCCCUCGUUGGAGUAUCUCAAUCUAUCUAUUAACAAUUUCAACGGGAUGGUGCCAACAGAAGGAAGAUUUCAGAAUGCUACUAUUGUUUCUGUAUUUGGUAACAAAGAUCUAUGUGGAGGCAUCAGGGAGUUUAUCCUAAAUUCAUGCCUUGCGCAAGUACCACCUGUGGAAACAGAGCAUUCCUCUCAAUUAAAGAAAGAUGCAAUCGGGGUCAGCAUAGGCAUAGCUUUUCUUUUGCUGUUUUUCAUAGCUUAUGUUUCUCUAUGUUGGUUCCGAAAAAGAAAGAAGAAUCAGAAGAUAAAUAAUUCAACUCCUUCCCUACUUAAGGUUUUUCAUGAUAUAAGUUAUGCAUAUCUUUGAAAUGCGACAGAUGGCUUCUCUUCUACAAAUAUGAUUGGAUCAGGCAGUUUUGGUACAGUGUUUAAGGCAUUUCUCCUAACACAAAACAAGGUUGUUGCAGUGAAAGUUUUGAACCUCCAGAGACGUGGAGCUAUGAAGAUUUUUGUGGCAGAAUGUGAAACUCUCAGGGACAUAAUGCAUCACAAUCUUGUGAAACUGUUGACGACUUGUACAAGUAUUGAUUAUCAAGGAAAGGAAUUCAGAGCUCUCAUUUAUGAGUUCAUGCCUAAUGGAAGCUUGGAUAUGUGGAUGUAUCCAGAGGAAGUUGAAGAGAUUUGUAGGCCUUCAAGAACUUUGACUCUUCUUGAAAGGCUUAACAUAGCAAUAAAUGUUGCUUCUGUUUUGGAAUAUCUUCAUGAUCAUUGUCAUGCUAUAGCUCAUUGCAAUCUGAGGCCAAGCAACAUCCUUCUAGAAAACAAUAUAACUGCCCAUGUCAGCGAUUUCGGUCUGGCUCGGCUUCUCUACAGAUAAGACAAAGAGAGCUUCUUCAACCAACUCAGCUAAGCUGGUGUAAGAGGAACCAUCGGCUAUGUCGCACCAGGGGGACAACCAUCAAUACAUGGUGAUGUGUAUAGCUUUGGUCUUCUUCUUUUGAACAUGUUUACUGGAAAACAACCAACAAAGUUAUUUGCGGGGAAUUUUACACUAUACAGCUACCCUAAGUCUGUGUUGUCAGAAAAAGUGUUGGACAUUGCAGAUAAAUCGAUUUUUCAGAGUGGUCUUAGAGUCGGUUUCCCAGUGGUUGAGUCCUUGACUGUUUUGGAGGUGAGACUUAAGUGUUGUGAAGAAUUCCCACGAAUCGGUUGGCAACAAGUAAAAGCCAAGGAGUUAAUCUCUUUUUUUUUGAAAAUAUGUUAAAUUAUAUUUCAAAAAACUGUUUCUAUGAUCUUUAAAGAGAUGAAAGAAAUAAAAACACAGAGCAUAAACCUUUAAAACAAAGCAUGAU